AUGACCAGUCAGCCAAGUUCUGGGAUGACCAGUGCUCAUAGUACAAGGGAUAAUCUUACGUCACCACCAAUCGCCACAACCUUCUUCUCCACGCUCCAGCGAAAUAGUCACAGUUCUUGUCUCGGUGUUGGACUUGGCGAAGGUGUUGUCAUUAUUAUCCUUAGUGUACUCCUCAUCGUCUCGAUAAUAUACAUCUUUCGCAUCCGAAAGAUGAUGAGAGACCUUACCAAGGAUCAGAAUACUCCACAUGUCGAUUUGGUGCAGUCAUCAAGCUCGCCUGAAAAAGACACAGGUUUUUAUCAUGAUAUUCAGGAUGUCAAGAAAUUGGAUCAAUCGGCAACAUCUGAUGGCGAUGUUCACUACUCCUAUCAGAUAUACGAACAUAAACGUGCCAAUGAAUUGGAUCCCGACGACACCAGUGCACCACACCAUUCCUAUAUGAUCUAAGGGAGGAAUACACACACACACCCACCCUCCCACACACAUACAACCCCCAUACGCACACACUCCCUUCCCCCACACACCCCAAUACGCCCAUACUCUAUAAACACAUGCGUGUGUGUGGUGUAUGUACCGCCAUACACACCCCAUUUAUUAAUAUAAAGAGAAACAAGAGUUUAUGUGUAAGUAUUAAGGAACGUCUAUUAUAUUUACUUCUCUGACCACUUAUUUAAUCAAGUAAAUAAUAAUAAUAUUCCGCAUUUAUAUAACGCUUAAUACAUCGGAACGACGUCUCU